AUGCAGCUGAGGGAAGGAUCUGUCAGCAGGGUCAUCAGCGACGGGCUUCCUCAAGGGGAUGUGCUCUCGCCAACCCUCUUUAAUCUAUACACAGUUGGGCUACACACUAUCACAGAAGAUGGAGUUGAGCUGGUGCAAUUCGCAGACGACUUUGGAAUCAUCGUCAGAGCGAAAAACACCAGCCUACUGAAUGAAAAGGUGCAGGAGGCAGUCAAUCUAUUCAGCGAAAAAGCGGAAGAGCUGAACUUCAAGAUCAACACCGAAAAAACGAAAAUAAUACUGUUUACGAACAACAAUAACACGCUGACAGUAGACCUGAACGGCAGCCCGAUUGAAACUGUGGAAAGUCAUCGAUACCUGGGUGUGUCGAUUGAUCGUUACCUGAGUUUCGGCCAACACAUCAACGAAACCCGAGCAAAACUGAACGACAGAUUAAACAUGCUAAAAGUUAUAUGCGGAAUCAAAAACGGAAGCCAUCCACAAGCAGCAGUGAGCAUUUAUACUGCCCUCAUCCGAAGCGUUUUUGAAUACGGAUGCACGGUAACGUAUAAUGCGAAACGGACAAACCGAAGAAAACUGGACGUCACAAACAACCAAUGCCUAAGAAGAGCAACAGGAUGCACCCGCACCACACCAAUAAAUGCGCUAACGGCGAUUGCUGGACAAAACUGCUUGGAACAUCGACUCGAAUAUGUCACUGGAAAAACCAUCGCCAGAUGCUUCGAAAGGCGUAACGUCGUGGCUGAGCAGCUGGUGGUUACUCCGGAAAUCGACGAUGAAAACGAAGGAGUGUAUUCAUAUCAGGAGAAAAUCUACCGAAAGAACUGGAAUCUCUACACCAACAUCAUGCCACACGUUUCAACAACAACAGGAAAUGUGGAAAUAAAUUCCACAUUAGAAGGAAUCUUUGGACCAAAGAAGGAUUUACCACCAGUGAAGCUGAAACAAGCUGCACUUUGCGUAAUGAACGGGAAGUAUGCUGGACGAGGACGAAUCUUCACGGAUGCGUCCAAAGAGAGCAUGACAUGUGGCAUCGGGAUUUUCGUUGAAACAAUAAACAUGAAAGUUUUCUACCGACUCGAAUGGAACACCAGCAUAACAUCAGCAGAACUUCAAGCACUGAAAGUUGCCAUGGACAUCAUAGAAGUCAAUCAGUUAAACCACUAUGUGGUAUUCACUGAUUCGAUGACAGCAUGCCAUAUGCUGGCAGAGGCGAUAGAUAACAAAAAAGCUGAAACACUACUAGUGGAAAUAAUAAAAGCAGCACAAAAGUGGAAAACUACGUUUCAAUGGAUUCCUAGCCACGUGGGAAUUUCAGGAAACGAAAUGGCAGAUAAGUUGGCCCGAUCGGGAUUACAACACACGGCGACAGUUCUAAGUCACAACGUGUUCCUCAAGGAUGUCUUCGGAAUACUGAAAAUUCAAAUGGAGCAACAAACCGCAAGCUGGUACACAACAUAUUCUGAAGAAAAGGGCAAGGAUUUCUACGACAUACAACCAAACAUUCUGGAGAAACCGUGGUUCAUCGGAAAAGACCUAAGAGGUCGUGACAUUCGCCUACUAAAUCGGCUGCUGACGGGCCAUAACUACGCCAAGUUUUGGCUGGCCCGAAUGAAGGUAGUUGAAAGUCCGGAAUGUGAAUGGUGUGAAGUGGAUGAAACGGCAGAACACCUGAUACUGCAGUGCCCACGUUAUGGGCUAGUUAGAAUGCAAUUUAGUUUUGAUUGUGCAUAUGCCAACUUGAAAGAAGUGUUCAAAACAAACAAUAUGAUACUGUACGAAGAAAUAGUAACAUUUGUGAGACAAUGCAAGUUGGACCUUUAA